UGCGGCGUCAGCACGUCAUUGCUUCUGUUCGCUGAACCCAGUCGUCACCUGGUCUCCAUUGUAACAUCUUUCGCUGUGUGGACCUUUAGCGGGCGUACUGGAGCUUUAUUGGGGCACCCCGUUGUGGUUGUUUUCCGCUUCGAGUGCCUUCCCCUGUUUGUUUCCCUUACUAACCCCCUUCCCUCGAGCUCCGCCUCCACUUUGAUUUCCCAGGCCCUGCCUUCCGUUUCCCGGCCCGCUGGGCCUCCGCGGUCCUAUCCACCUUGGGCCCCCGCGGUCCUAUCCUUCCUGGGCCCCAGGGCCGUUAGUACGGGUUCCCUAACCCCCAGCUUGGAGGUAGCCGUGGCUGCGACCGCUGUGGUGACGGCCAGGGCCGGGCGGUGUGAUGGGAGAGUGUUGCAGCUUUUUCCAAAAGCCGGAGGAGCCCGUCAGGUACGAAAGGGGAAGGUGAGGGCCCCAGCCUCGCACCUGUGGGGUGUGCUGCUCGGCACUCCUCGGAGCUGGGGGCCCGUGACGCAGGUUUUCUUGUAUGGGUCGAUUUUCUUACUCCCCCCGGUUUAUCCCUGCGAGGGGACUUGGAGCCGUGAAGGGAAAAAGCCUAAUGCUUAAAUGACCAUAGGAACUUUUCACGAGCCCGUUAGAGUUUGUAAAGAAAACUUUUUUUAAAUGGGAACUCUUUGAAUUUGAAUUUGAAUUCAUCCCCUCCUGGGGGGAAAAAUGAAAACUGAAAAAGAGGCAAAGAAAUGGAACAGUUUUUUAAAAAAGGUGACACUUGUGAUGGUUGGACUUGAUAAUGCUGGUAAAACUGCAACAGCGAAAGGAAUCCAAGGAGAGUGUCCUGAGGAUGUAGCUCCAACUGUUGGCUUUUCCAAAAUUGAUCUUAGACAAGGAAAGUUUGAAGUUACAAUUUUUGACUUAGGAGGUGGAAAGAGAAUUCGGGGAAUAUGGAAAAAUUACUAUGCCGAAUCAUAUGGGGUAAUAUUUGUUGUGGAUUCCAGUGAUGAAAAAAGAAUGAAAGAAACUAAAGAGACAAUGACUGAACUUCUAGAACAUCCCAGGAUAUCAGGAAAACCCAUAUUGGUAUUGGCAAAUAAACAAGAUAAAGAAGGAGCAUUAGCAGAAGCAGAUGUAAUUGAAUGUUUGUCUCUAGAAAAACUUGUCAAUGAACAUAAAUGUCAUUGUCAAAUAGAAUCCUGUUCAGCAGUCAUGGGUUAUGGGAAGAAAAUUGACAAGUCCAUAACAAAAGGGCUUUAUUGGUUGUUGCAUAGCAUUGCAAAUGACUUUGAUACUUUACAUGAGCGCAUCAAAAAAGACACAACUGAGCAACGAGCUCUUGAGCAACAAGAGAAACUGGAGCGAGCUGCACGAGUGAAGAAGAUACGAGAAGAAAGAGAACGAAAGGAGAAAGAGCUUGAGGGAUAUGCCAAACAUAGUGAAUCUGAAGCGGAUGCCGAGCCAAUUGUCAACCCCUUUAAGCCCAUAAAUGCAGUAAUCAAGGAGAAUGAAAAAAAAAUUGAAAAAGAGAAAAAGAGGCAGAUGAUGGAAAAAGAUAGGGACAGCAUUCCUCUGAAAAAACCUAGCACAGAACAGGAACAAAUGGAGACCCAGAGCCAUAUCAGCUCCAGCAACCAAAAACACAGUGAUAUUGGAUUAAUAGACACUUGUAAGGAGGCAUUAACACAGCAGUUGGAGGAGAAGAAAGAUGUGACAGAACAACAGCCCUCUGAAAGCCUUGACUCUGGUGAUAACUCAGGUCUAAAUAGAAAGAAAAAUAAGAGGCUCAGGUUUAAAAGGAAUAAUAACAUGAUAGUACCAAUUAAUACGGAGGAAUCUGAACCAAGGAGUCCACGAACAUCCCCAUCUAAAACGCCUGUUGGCUGGGGAACCCCCAAAAUCACUAGACUUCCAAAAGUUGAACCUCUUGGUGAAAUACGUCAAAAUGAUUUCUAUGGAAAAAAGCCUCUGCCACCAUUGAUGAGUCAGAGACCUAACAGUGAUAGCCGUGAUGCUCAUUCAUAGUUCUCAUGUGACCUUUUUCAGGAAUGACAAAUUAUUAAUGACUAAAUUAAGGAUAAUUUAUUUUUUCAAAGAAGAAAAUAUUCUGAAGUUGGUUUAUCUGUGGAGAUGAUAUCUUUUGGGUUCGUUGAAAUUUCUCCCAGGAAAUCUACUUAGGGAUAUAAUUUAUCAAUUUUUCUACUCUCCAGCUAAGUUACUAUUACCUGCUCUUCAUCAUUUACAGAAGCAACGGUAUAAAAUGAUAUGCUUAAAACUUUUGAAAACAACACAGCAUAAAAUGUUGACUAUUCAAGUUUACAUUGAACAUUUGUGGGAACAGAUCUGAAGGAAAACGACUUCAGGCAAAAAGCAAUUGGACUUGAGACACUUUUUAAUAUUCUGUUUAAUAACUAGUAUUUAUAUAUUUUACAUGUUAAGAAUUUUUGUAAGAUACAUGUUGGUAAAUUCUGGGAAUUAUAAACUAAAUUUUUAAACUAUAUUUUUAUAUUUUUUCUAAAAAUUUGUUUCUAACAUUAAGUAUAAUUUAAGUUUUGCUAUUUUCUGUAGAUGGUUAAUAUCCAAAUUGUUUUUGGUGGAAUAGAUUCAUUUUGGCCAACAUCACUGUAGAGGUAGAAUAUAUUUAUAUACAUUUGUAAGAAUAGUGCAUUAUUCUUAAAGUUUUCCUCUCUAUUUGCCUUGAUUUAUUUUAUAUUAUAUUUCUUAUAGUAGAAACCUAAAAUUUAUUCUAUACCAAAUUAUACUGACAAAAUGAAUUACUCAAGGAGAAUUUUCAGGGUUUUUUUUUUAACUGUUUUCAAUGGAUUCAAUAAAUGAGAUUUGAAAUAUUUUAUUGGCCCAUACCUUUUAAAAUUAUAUUCUUAUAUGAGAAGCAAUUUAAAGAAUCCCUCUGUGUUGAAUAUAUUAAUAACAAAUUUCAGUAAUCAUAGUUUGGUGAUACCUCGAAUCCUUUAAAAUCUAUACUAUCACUUUCAGGUUUCAAUAACUUUUUCAGUACAGUUUUUUUUAAAACCCUUACCUUCCAUCUUAGAAUCACUACUGUGUACUGGUUCUAAGGCAGAAGUGAAGGACCAGGCAGUGGGGGUUAAGUGGCUUGCCCAGAGUCACACAGCUAGGAAGUUCAGUACAGUUUUUUAAACUUGCUGAGCAGUACCUUAAUUGCACAAAAAGUUAAUGUAGCUUCCAAAAAUCUUUCUUAUAACUAAGUAAUAGUUGUGACACUGAGAAAAUUUGGAGCGAUAAAAAAACAAAAAAAGUUUAUGGAAUACUAUGUUCUUUAAAUAGUAUUUCAUAGACAAUAGAAAUAAUAUAAAUGUUUUCAGAUUAAAAGUAAUGUAGUGGAGCUUAUUUUAAGUUUGAUAUUAUUUUUGGUAUGAUUAUAUGUACAAUUAUCAUACACAUAUGACAUGAUUCAGUUACAUAUUUUAUUGCUAUAUCUUAACAACUUUAUUGUUAAUUAAAUGUAUAGCCAUAUUUAAGCCUAAAACUUUUUUUAGAAUUAUCUGAUAUAAAAAUAUUAGUAUUUCUAGAGCAGAAGUAAUAUAAUAGCAGUUUUACUUUUAACAUUAUAAUUAAUGGUAUCACAUUUUAACUAUCAUUUUAUUUAAUCCCUUGAAUUAUCAUGGAUUUAGUUCCAUGGAACUCUAGUCCUGACUUUGAAGAACUUUAUGGGGAUGUUUAAUUGUUUGCUUAAGUCACCAUGUAUACCAUACUUAUUGAGGAAAAAGCCUUUUCUUUUAGUAUUUGCAUAGCAGAUAAAUAUGAAAAAAUAGUCCAUGUCUAAUAAGACAUGAUCCAGUUGUGAGUUGAAUUUCUAGAGUGAAAAUUUUAGUAGUUAGACUUGGCUCAUAUGUUUGUGUAUGUAUGUGUACACACAUAAAUAUAUAAUGCACACAUCCAUGUUGUUUUUAAAAUUGAACUUGUAUUUUACUUCAUAUAUAGUUAUAUAGAUAGAAGUAUAUAUAAUUGUUUUCUCAGCUUUUAGCUCCUUCAGUUUUAUUUAAGUUUAAUUUCUAUUAUGCAAUCCAGAAUCAAUGCUUUAUCUGUUGGUUUGUGGGAGUCUUUUAGAAAAUGUAAAGGAAAAAUGGUUAUAAAAUUAAACAAAACUGGCAUAAUUUGUUCUCCAAACUCAUAAGAUAUUUUAAAAGACAUUUUGUAAAUGUAAUUAGUUUGUAAUUAUGAAAUGCUUGAUUUAUUGUCCUAUCAUGAAUUUUGUACUCUCAAAGACUGAUAUUUACACAUAAUAAAGCAAUUUUUAUCAA